AUGAGUCCAAAGAUAUUCACCCACACGAAUGUCUUCAAGACAGUUCUUUCUCGACAUACUAGGCCGAACACCGAGCUAAAAGCUAUUAUGGACGAUGCCCUAACACACAUAGCCAUGCACAAAGCACAGCAGCAAGUCAUAAUAAACAAGCUAGAUGCAAUAAUGGCAACAACCAACGCACUUCAAGCACAGAACAGUUCUCUCAUCGAGGAACUCCGUGUCGCAAAUGAGUACAUAGGGCUCUUGCAUAACCAGCUCCAGCUUCAGGCCAAAGUGCCUGGUGAUACAGCCUUCCCAACCAUCGUUCUCCAGUCUAUGGCGAUUGAUCUUGUUGAGUAUGUCUCAGCCGUAGGCGCCGCCCACAGUCCUGCCACCAUCCCCACACCCUCACCCACCACAUUUCUGGCUGCUGCCAAGAAGACGAUGGACAAGAUACUCAACCACCCAAAGCUCACCACUGCCCAAACCUCCCGUGCCCUGCAACCCGAAAGUAGACCAUCUGCGUAUGCAUUUGUAUACCUUCGCUGCCACCACCACCUCAAGUAUUGCCAAGUACCAAAGCUCUUGAGAACACUCAAGAUCCAACAGUUACGUGUUCUGGAUAUCGUAUUCCCGGAACGCGGCAGCCCUCUUAUUCUUUGUGCACCACGACUUCAAGAACAAAAUCAUGCAGCUCUUGACAGACACAUCAGUGUUUGUGAAGACCGACUUUGA